CAGAGAAAUAAAUACACGUCCUUAUCUUUCCAUUCUCAUCAAUCUUCACGUAUCAAUAUAGCUUCUUGGAGAGUCACCACAGCCGCCGUUAACUAUAAAUGGCAAGGCCAGUGAUCAAUGAAUGCGACUCUCCAACUUCUCUGAAAGCCAAGCUAAAAUCCUCCUUUUGUUGCUUCCCCAACAUGGAGAUGAUCAACCAGCGUGAGAUGCUUCAUCAAGAUCAUGACCAAGAAGGGAGCAACCGCAUGAAGCUUCAGCCGCAGACACCAAGAUCACCCUAUGCUUGGCUGAAAUCGACAGCCCAUGAUUUGGAAUUUAAGUAUAAUUAUCGUUGUUUUAUUGGAAAGAGAGGAAAGAACAGAAAACGAUACUGUUCGGAGGAAUUUAGGUAUGAUCCUGAAAGUUAUUCUCUUAACUUUGAGGAUGACGUUCACAAAGAAGAUGAGUUGCCACUCAAGUCUAGAUUGCCUGCCACUCCGGAGAGAUUGGUGGCGCCGCCGCCUCCGGUAAGGAGGACAGAGCUUCAGAUGCGGAGCUGAUAUUUUAGGAUUAAGAAUGUUUGUUGGAAGUUUAUUUGUUGUGAUUCUAGUCUCCAUUCUUGAAUCCUUAAUUUUUAUUUUCUAUGUACAGGGCUAUAGAUCCUCAUUUUGAGAAGCAAAAAUUGGAAAAAAAAAAAGGAAGAAGAAUUAAGAUGUGAUUUAAUUGUUAUAUAUAUUAUUUACUGGAUGAAUUAGAUUAAAUUAAUUGCAGUUAUACAAGGUGUUUAGUU